AUGAAAUUAAAUUCAAACAUUUUCAUCUAUCUAUCUAUCUAUCUAUCUAUCUAUCUAUCUAUCUAUCUAUCUCUAUCUAUCUGUCUAUCUCUUUCUCGCUCUCUAUCUAUCUAUCUAUCUCUUUUUUUCUCUCUCUAUCUAUCUAUCUCUUUCUAUCUAUCUAUCUCUCUAUCUAUCUAUCUAUCUAUCUAUCUAUCUAUCUAUCUAUCUAUCUAUCUAUCUUUUUCUCGCUCUCUAUCUAUCUAUCUAUCUCUUUUUUUCUCUCUAUCUAUCUAUCUAUCUAUCUAUCUAUCUAUCUAUCUAUCUAUCUAUCUAUUUCUCUCUCUCUAUCUAUCUGUCUAUCUCUUUCUCGCUGUCUAUCUAUCUAUAUAUCUAUAUCUUUUUUCUCUCUCUCUCUCUCUCUCUAUCUAUCUAUCUAUCUAUCUAUCUAUCUAUCUAUCUAUCUAUUUCUCUCUCUCUAUCUAUCUGUCUAUCUCUUUCUCGCUCUCUAUCUAUCUAUCUCUUUUUUUUCUCUCUCUAUCUAUCUAUCUAUCUCUUUCUAUCUAUCUAUCUAUCUAUCUAUCUAUCUAUCUAUCUAUCUUUUAUAUUAGAUUUCUUUUCACCUCUCUCUCUUUCCACCUCUCUCUCAUUCAACCUCUCUCAUUCCACCUCUCUCCUUCCACCUCUCUCAUUCCACCUCUCUCCUUCCACCUCUCUCUUUCCACCCUCCUUUUGCCACCUCUCUCUCUUUCCACCUCUCUCUCUUUCUACCUUCCUCUUUCCACCUCUCUCUUUCCAGAUCUCUCUCUUCCCACAUCUAUUGAUUUCCACCUCGCUCUCUUUCCACUUCUCUCUUUCCACAUCUCUCUUUCUUCCACCUAUCUCUUUUUAUAUAUCUCUCUUUCCACCUCUCUUUUCUUUCAAUCUCUCUCUCAUUCCACCUCUCUCUCAUUCCACUUCUCUCUCCUUCCACCUCUCUCUUUCCAUCAAUCUUUUUGCCAACUCUCUCUUUCCACCUCUCUCUCUCUUUCCACCUUCCUCUUUCCACCUCUCUCUCUUUCCACCUCUCUCAUUUUCCACCUCUCUCUGUCCACCUCUCUCUCUUUCCACUUCUCUUACUCUACACCUCUCUCUUUCCACUUCUCUCUCUUCCCACUUCUAUCUUUCCAACUCUCUCUCUCUCUUCCACCUCUCUCUUUUUCCAUAUCUCUCUUUCCACCUCUCUGUGAUUGUGUGCGUGUCUCUUUUCGCUUUCUUUCUUUUCAAUUUAUUUCCAGUUUCUUUCUUUCUUUCUUUCUUUCUUUCUUUCUUUCUUUCUUUCUUUCUCGUUCCAAAAUUGUUCCAGGAUCUUUCUUUCUUUCUUUCUUUCUUACUUUCUUUCUAGUCGUUUUUCCUCUCUUUUCGCUUUCUUUCUUUUCAUUUUAUUUCCCCUUUCUUUCUUUCUUGCUUUCUCGUUCCAAAAUUGUUCCAGGAUCUUUUCUUUCUUUCUUUCUUUCUUUCUUUCUUUUUCUUUUUUUUCUUUUCUUUCUUUCUUUCUUUUCUUUUUCUUUCUUGUUCCAAAAUUGUUCCAGGAUCUUUCUUCAUUUCUUUCUAUCUUUCUUUGUUUCUUUGUUUCUUUCUCGUUCCAAAAUUGUUCCAGGAUCUUUCUUUGUUUCUUUCUUUCUUUUUUCUUUCUUUUGUUUCAGUCUUUUUUUUUUUUCAUAUCAUUCGCUUUCUAUCCUUUCAAUUUAUUUCCCCUUUCUUUCUUUUUUCUUUCUUUCUUUCUUUCUUUCUUUCUUUCUUGUUCCAAAAUUGUUCCAGGAUCUUUCUUGUUUCUUUCUAUCUUUCUUUUGUUUCUUUGUUUCUUUUUGUUUCUUUCUCGUUCCAAAAUUGUUCCAGGAUCUUUCUUUGUUUCUUUUGUUUUUUUUUUUCUUUCUUUGUUUCAGUCUUUUUUUCAGUAUGCUUCCUCUUUCUAAUUUCUUUCUUUCUAGUAUCAUUCGCUUUCUAUCAUUUCAAUUUAUUUCCCCUUUCUUUUUUCUUUCUUUUCUUUCUUUCUUUCUUUCUUUCUUUCUUGUUCCAAAAUUGUUCCAGGAUCUUUCUUCAUUUCUUUCUAUCUUUCUUUGUUUCUUUGUUUCUUUGUUUCUUUCUCGUUCCAAAAUUGUUCCAGGAUCUUUCUUUGUUUCUUUCUUUCUUUUUUCUUUCUUUCUUUGUUUCCAGUCUUUUUUCAUAUCAUUCGCUUUCUAUCCUUUCAAUUUAUUUCCCCUUUCUUUCUUUCUUUCUUUCUUUCUUUCUUUCUUUCUUUCUUGUUCCAAAAUUGUUCCAGGAUCUUUCUUCAUUUCUUUCUAUCUUUCUUUGUUUCUUUGUUUCUUUCUCGUUCCAAAUUGUUCCAGGAUCUUUCUUUGUUUUUCUUUUUUUUUUCUUUCUUUCUUUGUUUCAGUCUUUUCAGUAUGCUUCCCUUUUUCUAAUUUCUUUCUUUCUAGUAUCAUUCGCUUUCUAUCCUUUCAAUUUAUUUCCCCUUUCUUUUUCUUUCUUUCUUUCUUUCUUUCUUUCUUUCUUUCUUUCUUUCUUUCUUUCUUUCUUGUUCCAAAAUUGUUCCAGGAUCUUUCUUCAUUUCUUUCUAUCUUUCUUUGUUUCUUUGUUUCUUUCUCGUUCCAAAAUUGUUCCAGGAUCUUUCUUUGUUUGUUUCUUUCUUUUUUCUUUCUUUCUUUCUUUCCAGUCUUUUUUCAGUAUGCUUCCCUCUUUUCUAAUUUCUUUCUUUCUAGUAUCAUUCGCUUUCUAUCCUUUCAAUUUAUUUCCCCUUUCUUUCUUUCUUUCUUUCUUUCUUUCUUUCUUUUUUCUUGUUCCAAAAUUGUUCCAGGAUCUUUCUUCAUUUCUUUCUAUCUUUCUUUGUUUUUUUUCUCAGUCCAAAAUUGUUCCAGGAUCUUUCUUUUUUUUUUCUUUCUUUCUUUUUUUCUUUCUUUUUUUUUCUUUUUUUCCAGUUUCUUUCUUUUCUUCAGUAUCAUUCGCUUUCUUCCUUUUUCUUCCCCUUUCUUUCUUUCUUUCUUUCUUUCUUUCUUUUUUCCUUUUUCUUGUUCCAAAUUUAUUUCCCUUUCUUUUUUCUUUUUUUCUUUCUUUUCUUUCUUUUUUCUUUGUUUCUUUCUUUUCUUGUUCUUUCUUUAUCAUUCCCUUUCUAUCCUUUUUCUAAUUUAUUUUUUCAUCCUUUCUUUCUUUCUUUCUUUCUUUCUUUCUUUUUCUUUUUUUCUUUCUUUUCUUUCUUUCCAAAAUUGUUCCAGGAUCUUUCUUCAUUUCUUUCUAUCUUUCUUUGUUUCUUUGUUUCUUUCUCGUUCCAAAAUUGUUCCAGGAUCUUUCUUUGUUUCUUUCUUUCUUUCUCUUUCUUUCUUUCUUUCCAUAUCAUUCGCUUUCUAUCCUUUCAAUUUAUUUCCCCUUUCUUUCUUUCUUUCUUUCUUUCUUUCUUUCUUUCUUUCUUUCUUUCUUGUUCCAAAAUUGUUCCAGGAUCUUUCUUCAUUUCUUUCUAUCUUUCUUUGUUUCUUUGUUUCUUUCUCUAUCAUUCGCUUUCUAUCCUUUCAAUUUAUUUCCCCUUUCUUUCUUUCUUUCUUUCUUUCUUUCUUUCUUUCUUUCUUUCUUUCUUUCUUUCUUUCUUUCUUGUUCCAAAAUUUUUUCCAGGAUCUUUCUUCAUUUCUUUCUAUCUUUCUUUUUUCAGUUUCUUUUUCUUUCUUUUUUCUCUAUCAUUCCUUUCUAUCCUUUUUCUUUUCUUUCCCUUUUCUUUUUUUUUUUUUUUUUUUUUCAUUUCUUUCUUUCUUUCUUUUUUCUUUCUUUCUUUUGUUCCAAAAUUUUCCCCCUCUUUUUUUUUUUCUUUCUGUAUUUCGCUUAUCCUUUCAAUUUAAUUUCUUUCUUUCUUUCUUCAUUUCUUUCUUUCAUUUCCUUGUUUUCAAAAUUGUUUCUUUUUUUCUUUUAUCUUUCUUUUUUCUUUGUUUCUUUCUUUCCAAAAUUUCUUUCUUUCUUUUCUUUUUUUCUUUCUUUCUUUCUUUCUUUUUUUCAGUAUUUCCCUCUUUUCAAUUUCUUUCUUUCUUAUCAUUCUUUCUAUCCUUUCAAUUUAUUUCCUUUCUUUCUUUCUUUCUUUUUCUUUCUUUCUUUUUUCUUUUUCUUGUUCCAAAAGGAUCUUUUUCAUUUCUUUCUUUCUUUCUUUUUUUCUUUGUUUCUUUCUCUAUCAUUCGCUUUCUAUCCUUUUUUUUAUUUCCCUUUCUUUCUUUCUUUCUUUCUUUCUUUCUUUCUUUCUUUUUCUUUAUCAUUCUUUUUUCAUCCUUUCAAUUUUUUUUCCCUUUCUUUUCUUUCUUUCUUUUCUUCUUUCUUUUUUCUUUCUUUCUUUUCUUGUUCCAAAAUUUUUCCAUUCUUUCUUUCUUUCUUCAUUUUUUCUUUUGUUUCUUUCUUUUGUUUUUCUUUUUUCUUUCUUUUCUUUGUUUUUCUUUUGUUCCAGGAUCUUUCUUUUGUUUUUUUUUCUUUUUUUCUUUCUUUCUUUUCUUUCCAUAUCAUUCGCUUUCCUAUCCUUUCAAUUUAUUUCCCUUUCUUUCUUUCUUUCUUUCUUUCUUUCUUUCUUUUCUUUCUUUCUUUCUUUAUCAUUCCUUUCUAUCCUUUCAAUUUAUUUCCCUUUUCUUUCUUUCUUUCUUUUCUUUCUUUCUUUCUUUCUUUCUUUCUUUUCCAAAAUUGUUCCAGGAUCUUUCUUCAUUUUUUUUCUAUCUUUCUUUUUGUUUCUUUUCUUCUUUCUCGUCCAAAAUUGUUUCCAGGAUCUUCUUUUUUUCUUUUUCUUUCUUUCUCUUUCUUUCUUUUCUUUUUUCCAGUCUUUUUUUUUCAUAUCAUUCCUUUUUCAUCCUUUCAAUUUAUUUCCCUUUUCUUUUCUUUCUUUCUUUUCUUUUCUUUUUUUCUUUCUUUUUCUUUCUUUCUUGUUCCAAAUUUAUCAUUCGCUUUCCUAUCCUUUCAAUUUAUUUCCCUUUCUUUCUUUCUUUCUUUCUUUCUUUUUUCCAGGAUCUUUCUUUCUUUUCUUUCUUUCUUUUUUGUUCCAAAAUUUAUCAUUCCUUUCUUUCCUUUCAAUUUAUUUUUUUCUUUCUUUUUCUUUCUUCUUUCUUUUGUUUCUUUCUUUUUGUUUUUCUCGUUCCAAAAUUGUUCCAGGAUCUUUUCUUCAUUUCUUUCUUUUUUUCUUUCUUUCUUCCAUAUCAUUCACUUUCUAUCCUUUCAAUUUAUUUCCCCUUUUUUUUUCUUUUUCUUUCUUUCUUUCUUUCUUUUUUCUUUUCUUUCUUUUCCAAAAUUGUUCCAGGAUCUUUUCUUUUUUCUUUCUUUCUUUUUUCUUUCUUUCUUUCUCGUUUCAAAAUUGUUCAGGAUCUUUCUUUGUUUCUUUCUUUCUUUUUUCCUUUCUUUUCUUUCUUUCCAGUCUUUUUCAGUAUGCUUCCUCUUUUUCUUUUUCUUUCUUUCUAUAUCAUUCGCUUUCUAUCCUUUCAAUUUAUUUCCCCUUUCUUUCUUUCUUUCUUUCUUUCUUUCUUUCUUUCUUUCUUGUUCCAAAAUUGUUCCAGGAUCUUUCUUCAUUUCUUUUCUAUCUUUCUUUUUGUUUCUUUUCUUUCUUUCUCUAUCAUUCCUUUCUAUCCUUUCAAUUUCUUUAUUUUCCUUUCUUUCUUUCUUUCUUUUCUUUCUUUCUUUCUUUCUUUCUUCCAAAAUUUAUCAUUCGCUUUCAUCCUUUCUUUGGCUUCCCUUUUUUUUUUUCUUUCUUUUUCUUUCUUUCUUUCUUUUCUUUCUUUUUUUCUUUUUUUUUCUUUCUUGUUCCAAAUUUAUCAUUCGCUUUCUAUUCUUUCUUUUAUUUCCUCUUUCUUUUCUUUCUUUCUUUUCUUUUCUUUCUUUUUUUGUUCCAAAUUGUUCCAGGAUCUUUCUUCAUUUCUUUCUAUCUUUCUUUGUUUUUUUUGUUUCUUUCUUUCGUUCCAAAAUUGUUCAGGAUCUUUUCUUUUUUUUUUUCUUUCUUUUUUUCUUUCUUUCUUUCUUUCCAGUCUUUUUUCAUAUCAUUCCUUUUCUAUCCUUUUUUCAAUUUAUUUCCCUUUUCUUUCUUUUUUUCUUUCUUUCUUUCUUUCUUUCUUUCUUUCUUUCUUUUCCAAAAUUGUUCCAGGAUUCUUUCUUCAUUUCUUUCUUUUUUCUUUUUUUCUUUUUCUUUGUUUCUUUCUCGUUCCAAAAUUGUUCCAGGAUCUUUUUCUUUUCUUGUUUUUUUUGUUUCUUUUUCUUUCUUUCUUUCUUUCCAGUCUUUUUUCUUUCAGUUUGCUUCCCUUCUUUUUAAUUUCUUUUCUUUUUUUUUCAUUCCUUUCUUACUCCUUUCUUUUCUUUCUUUUCUUUCUUUUUUUUUAUCCUUUUUCUUUCUUUCUUUUUUUCUUUCUUUCUUUCUUUUUUUUUUUUGUUCCAAAAUUGUUCCAGGAUCUUUCUUUCAUUUCUUUUCUAUCUUUCUUUUGUUUUCUUUGUUUCUUUCUCUAUCAUUCUUUCUUUCUUUCAAUUUAUUUUUCAAUUUAUUUUCUUUCUUUCUUUCUUUUUCUUUUCUUUCUUUCUUUCUUUCUUUCUUUUUGUUCCAAAAUUGAUCUUUCUUUUGUUUUUUCUUUCUUUUUUUUUCUUUCUUUCUUUCCAGUCUUUUUCAGUUUUUUUUCUUUCUUUCUUUUUUCUAUCAAAUCUUUCCCUUUUUUGUUUCUUUCUUUCUUUCUUUCUUUCUUUCUUUCUUUCUUUUCUUUUCUUUCUUUUCUUUUCUUUCUUUCCUUUUUCCAAAAUUGUUCCAGGAUCUUUCUUCAUUUUCUUUAUCUUUCUUUCUUUCUUUGUUUCUUUCUUUUUUUCAAAAUUGUUUCAGGAUCUUUCUUUUCUAUCUUUCUUUCUUUUUUUUUUCUUUCUUUGUUUUCCAGUCUUUUUUUUGUUUCUUUCUUUUUCUUUUUCUUUCUUUCUUUGUUUCAUUCCUUUCUAUCCUUUUUCUGUUUCCCCUUUCUUUCUUUCUUUUUUCUUUCUUUCUUUUCUUUCUUGUUCCAAAAUUGUUCCAGGAUCUUUCUUCAUUUCUUUUUUCUUUCUUUGUUUCUUUGUUUUUUUUUUUCUCGUUCCAAAAUUGUUCGUCUUUUUCUUUUCUUUUUUUUCUUUCUUUUUUCUUUCUUUCUUUCCAGUCUUUUUUUUUUCUUUCUUUCUUUUUUUCUUUUUCUUUCUUCUAGUAUCUUUUCGCUUUCCAUCCUUUCAAUUUAUUUCCCCUUUCUUUCUUUUUUCUUUCUUUCUUUCUUUCUUUCUUUCUUGUUCCAAAAAAAAUUCCAGGAUCUUUCUUCAUUUUCUUUCUAUCUUCCUUUCUUUGUUUUCUUUGUUUCUUUCUCUAUCAUUCGCUUUCUAUCCUUUCAAUUUAUUUCCCUUUCUUUCUUUCUUUCUUUCUUUCUUUCUUUCUUUCUUUCUUUCUUUCUUUCUUUCUUUCUUGUUCCAAAAUUGAUUUUCUUUCUUUGUUUUUUCUUUUUUUUUCUUUCUUUUCUUUCUUUCCAGUCUUUUUCAGUAUACUUCCUCUUUUCUAAUUUCUUUCUUUUUUUUCAUUUCUUUCUAUCCUUUCAAUUUCUUUCCCUUUUCUUUCUUUCUUUCUUUUCUUUCUUUCUUUCUUUUCUUUCUUGUUCCAAAAUUUUCCAGGAUUUCUUUCUUCUUUCUUUUUUUCUUUCUUUUCUUUUUUCUUUUCCAUUAUCCAAAAUUGUUCCUUUCUUUCUUUUUCAUUUCUUUUACUUUGUUUCCAGUCUUUUUUUUUGUUUCUUUUCUUUCUUUUUUCUUUCUUCGUUCCAAAAUUUUCCCUUUCUUUCUUUCUUUCUUUUUUGUUUUCUUUUUUACUUUUUUCUUUCCUUUUUCUUUCUUUUUUCCUUUCUCCAAGUUUUUCAGGAUCUUUCUUCCUUUUCUUUUCUAAUUUCUUUGUUUUUUUGUUUCAUUCUUUUCUUUCUUUUUUUCUUUUUUUUUUCUUUUUUUUCUUUCUUUCUUUCUUUUCUUUCUUUUUUCAGUAUCUUUCUUUUUUUUCUUUCUUUCUUUUCUUUCCAGGAUUCUUUCCUUUUUCUUUCUUUCUUUCUUUCUUUCUUUUUCUUUCUUUCUUUCUUUCUUUCUUUCUUUCUUUCUUUCUUUCUUGUUCCAAAAUUUAUCAUUCGCUUUCUAUCCUUUCAAUUUAUUUCCCCUUUCUUUCUUUCUUUUUCUUUCUUUCUUUCUUUCUUUCCAAAAUUUUCUUUCUUCUAUCUUUCUUUUUCUUUUCUUUCUUUCUUUCUCGUUCAAAAAUUCCAGGAUCUUUCUUUUCUUUUUUCUUUCUUCUUUUCUUUCUUUUCUUUUCUUUCAUUUCUUUCUUUCUUUCUUUCUUUCUUUCGUUCAAAAUUGUUCCAGGAUCUUUCUUUCUUUUUUUUUCUUUCUUUCUUUGUUUUCUUUGUUUCUUUGUUUCUUUCUCGUUUCCAAAAUUGUUUUAGGAUCUUUCUUUUUUUUUCUAUCUUUCUUUUUUUUUCCCCUUUCUUUUCUUUCUUUCUUUUUUUUUUGUUUUCCCUCUUUUCUAUUUCUUUUCCUCUUUCUUUCCUCUUCUUUGAAAUUUCUUUUCUAAUUUCUUUCUUUCUUUCUUUCUUUCUUUCUUUCUUUCUUUAUUUCUUUUUUCUUUCUUUCUUUCUUUUCUUUUUCUUUUGUUCCAAAAUCUUUCUUUCUUUUUCUUUCUUUCUUUCUUUCUUUCUUUCUUUCUUUUUUCUCUAUAUCCCUUUUUUCUUUUCUUUCUUUCCAAAUCAUUCCUUUCUAUCCUUUCAUCUUUUCCUUUCUUUCUUUUCUUUCUUUCUUUUUUUAUUUCUUUUCUUUCUUUCUUUCUUUUGUUUUCUUUUAAAAUUCAGGAUCUUUCUUUUAUUGUUUCUUUCUUUCUUUAUUUUUUUCUUUCUUUCUUUCUUUCUUUCUUUUGUUUCUUUUUUUCUUUUUCCUUUUGUUUCUUCAUUUCUUUCUUUUGUUUCUUUGUUUCUUUUCUUUUCUUUUUUUUCUUUCUUUUUUCAGUAUUUCUUCCCUUUUUUAAUUUCUUUCUUUUUUCUUUCAUUUUCUUUCUUUCCUUUCAAUUUAUUUCCCUUUUCUUUCUUUCUUUCUUUCUUUCUUUCUUUUUCUUGUUCCAAAAUUAUCUUUCUUUCUUUCUUUUAUUUUCUUUCUUUUCUUUCUUUCUUUCUUUCCUUUCUUUCUUGUUCCAAAAUUAUUUCCCCUUUCUUUCUUUCUUUCUUUUCUUUGAUUCUUUGUUUCUUUUUUCUUUCUUUCCUUUUUUCCAGUUUCUUUCUUCUUUUCAUUCUUUCUUUCUUUUGUUUUUUCUUUCUUUUCUUUCUCUUUCUAAUUUAUUUUUUCUUUCUUUCUUUUUUUUUUCUUUUUCUUCCCCUUUUUCUUUCUUUCUUUCUUUCCCAGGACAGAGAUUUCCUUUUCUUUAAGGUCUUUCUUUCUUUCUUUCUUUCUUUCUUUCUUUUUCUUUCUUUUCUUUCUUUCUUUCUUUCCAAAAUUGUCUUUUCUUUUUUUUUUUUCUUUCUUUGUUUCCUUUUCUUUCUUUCUUUCCUUCUUUCUUUUUUUCUUUGUUUCCCUCUUUCUUUUCUUUCCUCUUUAUCUUUCUUUCUAUCAUUUCUUUUUUUUCCCUUUCUUUCUUUUUUCUUUCUUUUUUCUUUCUUUCUUUUUUCCAAAAUUUUUCCAGAUCUUUCUUAUUUUUUCUAUCUUUCCUUGUUUUUUUAUCAUUCCUUUUCUAUCCUUUUCAAUUUAUUUCCCCUUCUUUUCUUUCUUUUUCUUUUCUUUCUUUCUUUCUUUCUUUCUUUCUUGUUCCAAAAUUUUUCAUUCGCUUUAUCCCUUUCAAUUUAUUUCCCCUUUUUCUUUCUUUCUUUCUUUCUUUCUUUCUUUUUUCAGGAUCUUUCUUCAUUUCUUUCUUUUCAUUCCUUCUUUCUUUUGAUCCCUCUUUUUCUUUUCUUUCUUUUUUCAUUCGUUUCUAUCCCUUCACAAUUUUUUUUUCUUUCUUCCCUUCUUUCUUUUCUUUCUUUCUUUCUUUUUUCUUGUUUUGUUUUGUCUUUUUUCCCUUCUUUCUUUCUUUCUUUUUCUUUCUUUCUUUCUUUCUUUCUUUUCUUUCUUUCUUUCUUGUUCCAAAAUUUUUCUUUCUUUCUUUCUUUCUUUUUUUUUUCUUUUCUUUCUUUUUUCUUUCUUUCUUGUUCCAAAAUUGUUCCAGGAUCUUUCUUUCUUUCUUUUAUUAUUCUUCUUUCUUUCUUUCUUUUCUUUCUUUCUUUCUUUUUGUUUCAUUCUUUCUCCAGGAUCUUUCUUCAUUUCUUUCUAUCUUUCUUUUUUUCUUUUUUCUUUUAUCAUUCGCUUUCUAUCCUUUCGAUUUAUUUCCUUUUUCUUUUCUUUCUUUUCUUUCUUUCUUUCUUUCUUUUCUUUCUUUCUUCUUGUUCCAAAAUUGUUCCAGGAUCUUUCUUUUCUUUCUUUUAUUCUUUCUUUCUUUCUUUCUUUCUUUCUUUCUUUCUUUUCUUGUUCCAAAAUUCUUCCAGGAUCUUUCUUCAUUUCUUUCCUUUCUUUCUUUCUUUGUUUCUUUGUUUUUUUCUUUGUUCCAAAAUUGUUCCAGGAUCUUUCUUUGUUUCUUUCUUUUCUUUUUUUUUUUUCUUUCUUUUUGUUUCUUUUUUUUUUUAUGCUUUUCUCUUUUCUAAUUUCUUUCUUUCUUUUAUCAUUCGCUUUCUAUCCUUUCAAUUUAUUUCCCCUUUCUUUCUUUCUUUCUUUCUUUCUUUCUUUCUUGUUCCAAAAUUGUUCCAGGAUCUUUCUUUCUUUCUUUUAUUCUUUCUUUCUUUCUUUCUUUCUUUCUUUCUUUCUUUCUUGUUCCAAAAUUUAUCAUUCGCUUUCUAUCCUUUCAAUUUAUUUCCCCUUUCUUUUCUUUCUUUCUUUCUUUCUUUCUUUCUUUCUUUCUUUCUUUCUUUCUUUCUUGUUCCAAAAUUGUUCCAGGAUCUUUCUUUCUUUCUUUUAUUCUUUCUUUCUUUCUUUCUUUCUUUCUUUCUUUUAUCAUUCGCUUUCUAUCCUUUCAAUUUAUUUCCCCUUUCUUUCUUUCUUUCUUUCUUUCUUUCUUUCUUUCUUGUUCCAAAAUUGUUCCAGGAUCUUUCUUUCUUUCUUUCUUUCUUUCUUUCUUUCUUUCUUUCUUUCUUUCUUUCUUUCUUUCUUGUUCCAAAAUUGUUCCAGGAUCUUUCUUCAUUUCUUUCUAUCUUUCUUUGUUUCUUUGUUUCUUUCUCUAUCAUUCGCUUUCUAUCCUUUCAAUUUAUUUCCCCUUUCUUUCUUUCUUUCUUUCUUUCUUUCUUUCUUUUUCUUUCCUUCUUUCUUUCUUUCUUUCUUUCUUUCUUUCUUGUUCCAAAAUUGUUCCAGGAUCUUUCUUUCUUUCUUUUAUUUUUUUCUUUUUUUUCUUUCUUUCUUUCUUUCUUUCUUUUCUUUUCUUUUUCUUGUUCCAAAAUUGUUCCAGGAUCUUUCUUUUCUUUCUUUUUAUUCUUUCUUUCUUUCUUUCUUUCUUUCUUUCUUUCUUUUCUGUCUUUCUUGUUCCAAAAUUUAUCAUUCUUUCUUUCCUUUCAAUUUCUUUCCCUUUCUUUCUUUCUUUUCUUUUCUUUCUUUCUUUCUUGUUUCAAAAUUGUUCCAGGAUCUUCUUUCUUUCUUUAUUCUUUUUCUUUCUUUCUUUCUUUUCUUUCUGUCUUUCUUUAUCAUUCGCUUUCAUCCUUUCAAUUUAUUUCCCUUUUUUCUUCCAUUCUUUCUUUCUUUCUUUCUUUUUUUUUUCUUUUUCUUUUUCUUUCUUUUUUUCUUGUUCCAAAAUUGUUCCCAGGAUCUUUUCUUUUAAUUCUUUCUUUCUUUCUUUCUUUCUUUCUUUCUUUCUUUCUAUCUCUUUUCGCUUUCUUUCUUUCCUUUCAAUUUAUUUCCCCUUUCUUUCUUUCUUUCUUUCUUUCUUUCUUUCUUUCUCGUUCAGUCUUUCUUUCUUUCUUUCUUUCUUUCUUUCUUUCUUUCUCGUUCCAAAAUUGUUCCAGGAUCUUUCUUUCUUUCUUUCUUUCUUUCUUUCUUUCUUUCUUUCUUUCUUUCUUACUUUCUCGUUCCAAAAUUGUUCCAGGAUCUUUCUUUCUUUCUUUCUUUCUUUCUUUCUUUCUUUCUUUCUUUCUAGUCGUUUUUCCUCUCUUUUUGCUUUCUUUCUUUUCAUUUUAUUUCCCCUUUCUUUCUUUCUUUCUUUCUUUCUUUCUUUCUUUCUCGUUCCAAAAUUGUUCCAGGAUCUUUCUUUCUUUCUUUCUUUCUUUCUUUCUUUCUUUCUUUCUUUCUUUCUUUCUUGUUCCAAAAUUGUUGCAGGAUCUUUCUUUCUGUCUUUCUUUCUUUCUCUCUUUCUUUCUAGUCUUUUUUCCCUCUCUUUUCGCUUUCUUUCUUUCAAUUUAUUUCCCCUUUCUUUCUUUCUUUCUUUCUUUCUUUCUUUCUUUCUUUCUUUCUUUCUCAUUUAAAAAUUGUUCCAGGAUGUUUCUUUCUUUCUUUCUUUCUUUCAAAUACAUAACUCAAUAG